UGCAAAUGAAAGGACGACGGGACUGAUAGAUAAGCUAAGACCUAGUCUCGCCUCGAGCUCUCGUAGAUGACAGAAGAUAGCCGGUUGUCGGACAUUCAAGUGACGCGGGGCGAUAUGAUCUGUACAUGUGCACGUCCCGUACGCGUCGGGUUGCGAUGGCGAUGUUCAUCUUACGCCCUCCUAUCUCUCCGGAGCACACCAUACGCGGCUCGCAAAUCGUCAGACGAGGCAUCAUCGGCUGAUGACUGAUGACAUGCCCACCGUCGCACUUGGACCACCGGGUGGAGCAUCUCCAGUAUCUUCCGGACCGCCUAUCAGUUUAGCUUUGCGUAAGUAGACCGGUACAAAAAGCAAAUGGCCGCCCGUAGCUAUGCUCCAUUACGUUCGACAAACUUCAUACAGGACGUUACAAUGACCAACCUGCUGAACAAGGCGACACCUGCUUCGCCUAACAGACAAACAACAAACACCAUCGUACUCGACUAUAUGCUUUUCCAGGCCACGGGUGCUCUCAUCAAAGACUAUACAGCACGCGUUGAGGAGGAAAAGAAGGCCCGAGCGCAGUUGCAAGCGAUUGGUGCGAGUCGCAAUCGAAAGCGUCAGACCCAGGACUCCUCAAGCAGGCGGCUCGUUGGCUUGGUCGAUGGAUUGAUUGCUUCCUACCAUGGUUCGCCAGGUUCGUCACUCAUCUUGGCGCCUAUCCUUGUGCACCGGAUACAUCUGUGUACGUUACUCUCCGUCCUCUCCGGUCGGUAUGAGCCACAAGUCAGCUCUGCCUCUCUGGUCUCUCCGGCCAGCUUGCAGAAACACAGAAAACGGAAUCGUGAUCGGAUGAGGAGGUACUGCUUGGCAAAUGAAGAGCAAAUUAGAUUCUCGAAGGAGAUUACGGACACAUGGACGUCCCGACAGAGCGAACUUCCUAUUGCCCCUAGACAUCGCCGUGAUCGUACACCCCUGUCAAAGGAUCCAUUGGCGAAUUCAUACAGAGCCGUACCAGGCCUACGAGAUGCCUUGGACGAUUUCAUGUUGGUAUCAGCAAUGGCAAUGAAGUCUUUAGGAAGCAGUCUUGGUGAUCUGUGGCUGGAGAUCGCCGUCGAAUUCAUGAAGCAGGCUGCACUGGAAGCAUUCCUGUCAGACGGAGCCAAGGACUUUGGUUCUUUCAAGGAAUGUUUCGCAUGGGGAAGGAUCCCCGAAGACAGACCAGAACUACGCCUGCCAGCAAGCGACCGAAGUGCUGUCGUUCAGGAGAUCUUUGAUAGCUUCACGGAGGAGGAGAUGGCACAAUUCAAUACGUCAAUCGAUCAAGCCGUUUCGCAAUUCAUCCCACCAACAGAAACAUCACUCGAGGUGCAUCUCCUCAAACUUGGCAGCUGUGAUAAUCUGCUGUCAUUUGAAGGAAAGUUGGUGGAAUUCCUGACGACGGUGAAUACGUUCAUCGGGAAACCUGAGUUGGCGAAGUAUGAAGCUGGCCUUCACAUUCCGCCCACCACCAUUUCGGAACAGGUCGACACUGUUGCUUGAACUUGGGAUAAUAUUCACUGUAUUGUGCGAGGAUUUUUGGGGGAGUUCUUCAUCUCAGGUGUGCUGCGUAUUUUCGGGCCGGUU